AAUAUGGCCACUAGUAGAGAGAAGUUUCAUUUUGACACUCUCAAACAUCUCUCAAGAUCACUAGCGGCACUGAACCCAACACCUUGGGAGAAGGUAAGCCGCCUGCUAUCUUUGUGCCCAGUGCCAACCAGCCAUGGUGUUUUACAUCUUGAUCAAAGAUCGCACAAUGCAAUCACUGCAUUAGGAAUUUAUUUCUUGGAAUCUGGCUUGCAGUAUGCUGACAAGCUGCUCCCAUAUUUACUUAACACAUUGAAGGGGUUGGUAAAUGCACAAUGGAUAGAAAGUGCACACAGAAGUCCAGAGUACAGACUUCCACUUAGUGAGUGCUUCAGUUUCUGUCUGAAUACACUGCUGAGUGAUGUGGCUCAAAGGGAUGAAGCUUUACAAGAACAGAUUGUGUCCUCACAACUUGAAGUAUUUCAAGUACUUUGUAAAAUGAUUCAGGGAUCCCAAGAUAUUCCAAAAGUGGUGCUCUGUAAAUCAGUUAUCCCAGUAUUCCUUGGACUGGUAAGGGCUCUGGGGAGAACUAGCAGUCAAGACACCCCUCUCCUGUGUCAGCUUUUCCCCCCAGAAUCAGCACUUUCUACUCAAGUGGACGUUGAUGAAGUAGAUUUAUCACAGCGCAGAAGCUUUACAGAUUUUCGCCCAAUUAUUCCAAGGAACUUAUCUCAAAAUUUGCUCAAAUCCCCUGACAGACCCAAAAGUCCCAGAAUUGAUGUAGAUGGCGCUGUUAGCAGGAGGAGAUCAAAAUCUCCAUCCCCAGUGACAGACUUUGUGGCACAGCCAGAGACCUGGCAUGAGGAGCUAGUGGACCCUGCAACAUUUUAUUUUAACACCCCAGGUUCAUGUUUCACUAGGAAAAGAAACAAGGGACCAACACCUGGUCAGAGACUGAUAUCCUUCUCUAGCAGUGAUGUACAGCUGCUGCUGACAUGGGCUAGAAAACUUUUGAGCAAGGAAAAGUUACAAAGCAUAGAUGUGGCUGCAUCAAGCUUGUUUGCAGGUUCCCAGCACCAAAGGUUCCCAUACAAAAGCUUUAGUGAGACCAUCAGCCUGGUGCUAGUGGCAAUGCUGAGAGACAUAUUGAAGCAUAACAAAGAUCUAGCAGCUACUUUUACCAAAGAAGUCCAAGAGUUUGUGAAAGUCGUUUAUAAAUCAGGGCAGAAGGAUUUACUAAGCCGCCAGCAUGAUCAUGGAGAGAAGGCUGAGAAGAGGGGGGAGGUCAAUCCUUUCAGCCUGACCGUGGCCAGUAACUCUGCUUGUAUAGAGCUCCUGUUCUGGGCAGUCCAAGAUGAAACAGAGGCAGAGACACUGCUGUACAGUCGUCUGACAGAGAGACUUAGCACACCCAUUGAGUUCAAAGUGCUCAUGGCUCACUACCCUCUUUUGGUGGUGUGUCUUCAGGCCUUGGGAAGAAUGGCUGAGAAGUUUCCCACUCUUGCCAACACUACCAUCAUUUCCCUGCGUGACUUUAUGGUGAACCCUUCUCCCAUCAUUGCCAAACUUAACCGGCGGCUCACUGAUGACGGUGUGAAGAAAGUUGGAGACUUGAGCAUCACAGUGACAGAUGAGAGCAAACCUAUCAAACCUCAGGUGGGAAAAUCUAAGAGCAGGAAUAAGGUUGCAGCAGCCAUGGAAAAUCUGAGAGACACUGCCAUUGAAAAUGUUUGCAGAGCAUUGAAGGCCGGAUUAACCAUAGAUCCAGAUUGUGUUCAAGCUUUCUUGGCCUCUUUGUCUAACAGGUUGUACAUCAGUGAAUCAAGUGACAGAGACUCCAAUGUAAUUACCCAUAACACCAUCCUGCUCCUAGGACAUGUUGCGGUGUCUCUGAAGGACACCCCUAAGACAGCAGAGUCUGUGCUGCAGGUCUUCCAGCAGAGGUUCUGUAAUCCUCCUUCAAACUUUGACAAACUGAUUGUGGAUCAGCUGGGUUGUAUGAUCAUAGCUGGAUGUCCCAGUAUCCAGCAGCAGGUUCUGGACAUGUUCAAGAUGAUCAGCAUAGAGAGCAGCAGUGCCUACAGCAAGCCUUCCAGUCACCAGGGAUACAGACAUGUAUCUGGGGCAGUGAUCAAUGCGUAUGCUAACAUAGCAGCCAGUCUACAGGAGGACUCAGAUCUGUAUGACCUGCUGGCAGGACUACUGGAAUUGUUUGUACAGUUGGGACUGGAGGGAAAGAGGGCCAGUGAAAAGACAUCACAGGUGCUCAAGGCUACAGCCAGUGCUGGAAACCUUGGAGUUCUCAUACCAGUUAUAGCAAUGGUUGUGAAGAGGCUGCCACCCAUAAAGCAACCCAAAAAUAGACUUUUAAAACUCUUCAGAGAUUUUUGGAAUUACUGUGUGGUACUUGGUUUUGCAGUCGAAGAUUCAGGAUUUUGGCCCAAGGAAUGGUUUGAAGGUCUCUGUGAGAUUGCCUGCAAGUCUCCACUGUUGUUGUCCAGGGAACACUUGAGAUCUGAACUCCUCUAUAAUUCUGCUCUCAGAGAUGACUCUGUGGCACCAGCUAAGCUGAAUGAGUUGAAGGGAGAGAUAUGUGCCCAGUUGGAGCACCCUCCAGAUGCUGUCCCUGUCAUUAACAAGCUCAGCUUUUCACAGCUCACAUAUCUACUCUCCGUCUACAAACUGGAAACACUGAGAGUUGCUUACUCUGAUGAUCCCUUGGCCUUCCAGUUGAUAUUUCAGUAUCUGGAAGAUGGCACAAUUCUAAAGGAUAAGGCAGGCAUGUGGUAUUGUAUCCAAGCUGUAGCGGAUCAAUCCUUCAAGAUGUUCCUUAAUGUCAUGGCAGAGAAACCAAAGACAGAGGCCAGAGAAAAGGAAUUAGAAAUGCAUGGACAGUUCUUCCUUGUGAAGUUUAACCAUGUUCACAGGAAAAUAAGAAAACUGGCAGAUACAUACCUGACAGGGUUAUUCAACAGAUUUCCAAGUCUGUUACUAAGUGGAACAAUUUUAACUACCAUGUUGGAUAUUUUGCAGUUACUGUCCUUGUCGUUGGAAGUGGACCCUAACCAGGAAGCCCCAGAGUUAAAAGUACAAAACACUCCACACACAUUGAGGAUCAUGGACAACCUAGAUGAUAGAGAGAGCACAGUGAAUGACUUUGCUGCUCGCUGUACAGACAUCCUGAAGGAGGUAAUGAAGUGGGCUCCCAACGCUGCCCGCUCAUUUCUCAUAGAGUACCUGCUACAGCUUGAAAACUCUCAGUUUGGAUUGUCUCUACACAGUGGGCUGGCCCUGGCUACAGAGAGUGUGCUGAAGUAUGCUGGAUAUAACAGACAGGCUGCACCACUGGGGACUCUGACUCUGAGCAGGAGACCUGCAUGUGUCACCAAUGAUUCCUCUACAUUUAUGUCAUACUUCAGUCUCAGAAGCAGGUAUACUGGAGAGGUUCAUGGUAUGAAGGCUGCCUUUCAAGGAGAUGACAAGGCUCUGAUUAAACUGCUGUGCAGGCAGCUAGAUCAAGCCUGUAUGGAGAAUAAAAUUGAAGACUUUCGUCAAUCUCUGUUCCGAGUAACUGCAUUACUCAUUUCUAAUGAAGGAUCUGACCGUCAACUUCUUCAUCAUGUCUGCUGGGCCCCAGUGAAGGUGUUCACUGAGAGUGCAAUGUCAGCAGCCGUAGCUUGCUGGGACUGGUUGCUGGCUGCCAGACCUGACCUCAAUCUACAGGUGAUGCAGGAGAUGGCAUGUGCCUGGCAGAUGACAAUGGACCUGAGACUAGGGAUGUUUUCUGUGGAUAAACCAGAGACCAGCCCACUUGCUGCCUCAGAGAAUCACAUACCUAAGCCACAGCCACCAGAUGUCAGCCCUCAUCUGCUCUGGAUUAAGUUCUUUCAAGAGAGAAUAGAAAUUGCCAAGUAUUGCAGCAAUGACCAGGUUGACAUCUUUGUCUCUCUCUUGAAUAAGAGUCUGUCUAUCAGUGUUGGGAAGCCAAACCAUGUCAUGUCCAGGCACAUUGCCUCUCUGGGUGCUAGAUUAAGGCUACUGAACAUAGGCCUAUCCUUGGUGCAGGGAGACAUAAUGCCAUCUAGUCACAGCAAGGGGGUUCUCAGGGAAAGAAUUUAUGCUGCAACACUGGAUUAUUUUAGUGUGGCUCCCAGGUGGCCAACCCAGCAAGGCUCAGAUCUGAGAGAUGAUAUCCUUGCUCUAGUCAAAUACUGGACCAGCAUGCACUCUGACAGGAAGUACCUCCAAGUGUCAUCGGUUUUCCCUACAGGAGUUUCAGAAAAUUAUGAUGCCAGUGGUCAGAACAUGCUCUCCUUGACCCCCACUGACAUGAGGUCAGGCAGUGAGUUCUCCCAGAGAUCCCAUGUUCCACAACAAGGCUGGAUUAAUAUGUCUCUCUCCAGUAAUAUGUCUACCAUUUCAAAGCGCUCCUCAGGGGGACGUAAGAGUCGUGGUAGGUCCAUUGGUCGCAGUGGCUAUGUGAAGGAUUACAUAAAGAAGAGGAAUUACAUCCUCUCACUGUUGGCUAAUGAAGCAGAACGUCUGAUCACCUGGCACAAUCCACUGCAACAACAGGAUCUUUUCGUCCCUGAUGAGGACAAGAUAGCAGCAUGGAGGAAUACACAGGUUACAGAGAAACAGUACAAAGAGAUGGCCAACUGGGCCUGGGAGAUCUCUCCAGCAUUAGCAGUCAUGCUGCCACUAAGAUUCCAGAAUUCCGAAUCCCUGGUGAGGGAGGUGACCCGCCUAGUGCGCCUCAACCCAGAUGCUGUAUCACACAUUCCAAGUGCCAUACAGUAUUUAGUGACUACAGAAACAGUGGAGAGGGACUCGCCAGAGUUGACUCACAUAUUGAACUGGGCCCCAGCACCCCCUACAACAGCUUUAUCCUACUUCUCAAGGUUGUACCCAGCACACCCUCUCACAGCACAGUAUGCUGUCAAGGUGCUGCGCUCUUAUCCUCACGAUGCCCUGUUGUUCUACAUUCCUCAGCUAGUUCAGGCAUUGAGAUAUGAUAAGAUGGGAUAUAUGCAGGAGUUUAUCAUGUGGGCAUCACAGAAAUCACAGCUCUUAGCUCAUCAGCUGUUGUGGAAUAUGAAGACCAAUAUUUUCAUGGAUGAAGAUGGCAGUGUUAAAGAUCCUGAUAUUGGAGAUCUCUUGGAGGAACUUAUAGAAAGAAUCUGCAAAUCCCUGUCAGGGCCUGCUCUCAAGUUCUAUGAGAGAGAAUUUGCUUUUUUUGAUAAAAUAACUAAUGUGUCUGCAGAAAUAAGGCCUUACCCAAAAGGCCCUGAGAGAAAGUCGGCCUGUUUGAAUGCCCUGAGUAAGAUCCAGUUGCAGCCAGGGUGCUACUUGCCUUCAAACCCUGAGGCAGUGGUGUUGGAGAUAGAUUAUAAUUCAGGCACUCCCAUGCAGAGUGCUGCUAAGGCUCCUUACUUAGCUCGAUUUAAAGUAAAGAGAACUGGAGUCCAGGAGCUGGAGAACCUUGGCCUUCAGGAGCAGGACAGUGGAGUGGACAGUGACAGGAACACACAAGAUGACCUCUACUGGCAGGGAUGCAUAUUCAAAGUGGGCGAUGAUGUCAGACAGGAUAUGUUGGCAUUACAGAUCAUAGGUUUGGUGAAGAAUAUCUUCCAGUUGAUAGGCAUGGACCUGUACCUGGCACCUUACAGAGUGGUGGCUACAGCACCUGGGUGUGGUGUAAUAGAAUGUGUUCCUGACAGUAAAUCCCGUGAUCAGAUUGGGCGCCAGACAGACAUUGGGAUGUACACAUAUUUCAUAGAUAAAUAUGGAGAUGAGUCAACACCAAAAUUUCAGGCAGCCCGUCGCAACUUCAUCAUCAGCAUGGCAUCUUAUAGUGUAAUCUGCUACUUGCUGCAGAUUAAAGACAGACACAAUGGGAAUUUGAUGCUCAAUAGCAAAGGGCAUCUCAUUCACAUUGACUUUGGGUUUCUGUUUGAAAGUUCCCCAGGAGGCAACUUGGGCUUUGAGCCAGACUUUAAGCUAACAGAUGAGAUGGUGAUGAUCAUGGGAAACAAGAUGGAGGCAGCCCCUUUCCAGUGGUUUAUGGAGCUGUGUGUGCAGGCAUUCCUAGCUGUCAGACCAUAUAGAGAGGCCAUUGUAGCAUUGGUGUCCUUGAUGUUGGACACAGGACUACCCUGCUUCAGAGGACAGACCAUCAAACUACUGCGUCAGAGAUUUUGUCCAGAAGCGACAGAAAAAGAAGCUGCCAUUCACAUGUCUAAUGUGGUGAAGAACUGUUAUUCUAACUGGAGAGCAAAAACAUAUGACUGGAUACAGUAUAAACAAAAUUUGAUACCUUAUUGAAAAAAAAUGGUAUUUUUCACUUCCACAUGUAUGUUUUCCAAUUUUAGACAUUGUUGUUAUCUGUGUAUAUCAUUGGUACUGUAACAAUGAAUUUUAACCUUACAAGAAAAUUUUAUAAGAAAAUCAUUCUGAACUGUUUUAAAUAUGGGCAGAUCAGGUUAUCUUAUUUCAAUGAUGAAGAUUAUUGAAGUUAACACACAUGUGAAGUGAAAAGACAAAACACUGUAACUUAAUUUUUAAGAAGUUAAUUGGUAUCAUGCGUGCUUAACAAUGAUAUAGCUCAAUGUAUCCGUGUGAUUGGACUUUCAAGAAGGCUUAAUAUACUUUGAAAGUAUUAUAUACUGCUAUAUAUAUAUAUAUAUA